AUGGCUGCAAAGUCAAGGAAGGCUGCCAAUUUAGGCCAGUCAGGCAAGUCAGGCAAGAAAGCUUCUCAGUCAGCUAAGUCCCCCAACGACGACAAGGUCUCCAAGACCAAGAGGGUCGACAAGGCGAGCAAGGCAUCCGACACUCCUGCUCAGUGCACCAUACGAGUCGCCAACGAUUGCUUUGGCCAGACGAGUCCUCACUGGAAUCUGCCAUUCCACUUAGGCAAUGCCACUGCCGCCGAGCUCUUGGCCUACCUCCCGCAUUCGCUGAAGGGCGUAGAUGUCGUCGAUCGUUUUGUGAUGAAUGGGGGCAAGGCCAUGUUGAUUGCGUUUAUGCUCAACACAUACCGCACCAUGCGCGAUGACCGUGUCAUGUCUGCGAACUCCAUUUGCGUCAUGAUGCAGUGUUCUAUGCGAGCUUACGGGGUCAAAGGAUGGACCGCCGGUAAACAUCAACACACCGACGUCCACCUAGACCCUGCGCCGAUUCACGAUCCCGACUCGCUAGAUGUGUCCAGCUUCCGCACGCCAUGUGUCAGCCAUCCCAAGAAAGGCUUUAAGAAGCUCAAGAAUCUCUUCGCUGAACCGAUUGAGUUCCGUGACCUCGCUCAAGGCGUCAAGCAGCACCCUUCAGGUGACGACGCGCUUGACCUCACGCGUUGCGUCCUUUACGCUGUCAAUCACCCUGACGAGUCCUGGCUCUUUCCGGAUGAUUUUGUUGACCUGGUCAAUCACCUUGGCGGAGCGCAGACCCCCACUCCAUUUCACUGCGACAAGCAAGCCUUCGGCCGCCACCUAGCAGCGCUCGAAGCUAUCACUGCCGCCACUCCGCCAAAGAAGCGCAGCUACGCUAAGUUCAGUGCUCCACGCUUCGACACCGCAGCCAGCGGCGAGAAGCGUCGUAGCGGUAGACUCACCACUCAAGCGGUGAGCUAUCUGCAAGAGUCAGACUCGGACAUCGACGCGCUUUAUAAGAACAACGAGCACGAGCCGCCCACUAAGAAGCGCAAGUCAGCCCGCGCGUCUUCCGCCGAAAGCGAGUUCACUGGCAACGUCACCAGCGACUCGGAGAGCCUUGGAGAUGUCACCGGCGAGACUAGCGACGAGUUCCUCGCUCCCAAGCCCAAGCGACCUGUUCGUGCCUCAGCCGUGAAGGGCCGCAUCCUCACACAAAAGGCUGUUCACAAGGAGACGCCUAAGACUCCGCGCGCCGCCAAGGCCACCCGACCAUACACACCUAUCGUCUAUGCUGUGCCCAUUUCCGGGAUGCCUCUCACGGCCGCAGCGCCCACCGCCAUCUUUGCCCAGGCGCGGGCCUUGGAGGCUCGUGCUCCCGUCCAGAUCACAGCUCCUGUCCUCGACUUCAAUCGCAUCGUCAUCCACGACCGCAACGUGUGGCUGUAUGCUGACAGUGGCUGCGUUACCCGCGAGGACAUGUUCGCUUCUGCAUUCUGUUCUGAGCGCUUCGACGGCCCACGUGAGCAGGCUCCUUUCCGCGAGCUGCAUCGUCUCUCCGACCCGGACCCCCUGGACAUGAGCGACUGGGCUGAGAAUAUCCGCUGGGCCAAAGAGCAAUGGCUGUACUUUAAUGCCGAUACGUGGACCGAGUACGGCGACCACCUCGAGCAGAUCACCCAGUGGAGGCGCGACCAUGGCUGGUGGAGCGACACCGCCAUUGCCACUGGUUUCGAACAGUAG